UGACUGAAGGUGGACUCCCAGAGCGCAGGGAUCGCUGGAAGCAAAAAAAUUCCUGCUCCAAAACUGCACCAUGCGCCUCCCCUGAGUGGGUUUGGAGUAAUCACCGGGAACUUUGUACACUUAGAUAGACCCAAAUCACCGUGUCGCCCGUUUAACCUGGACUUUACGAGGAUUUAGACAACUUUUCUCGCUGUUUUCCAUGGAUAAUUAGCCCUGAGUAAUGACGCCUCCUGAACUACACAGGUUUAAAGGAAGAGUAUAAAUAAAAUGAAAGAAGAACUCACGUUUUUUGCAUCACACUGGAACUACCCUUUCAAUGUGGCCCAUCACAGAUAACUGGAUUUUAAGUCAAGUAAAAUAAUGGCUUCACGCUGGACUCAUUCUUUUGAGGAUGGCGACAGACCGCAAGCAAGAUCUUCGUUCUGUGAGAACGACUCUAUGGAGUGGAGGACCCUGGCUGAUUCUCUGGGCUCGCCCUUCUCCACAGAAGAAGAGGCUUUCUCAUGGCCCAGACCAAAAACGGUGCAUUUACGGCGCACGUCCCAAGGUUUCGGCUUCACCCUGCGGCACUUCAUCGUUUACCCCCCAGAGUCCUCCAUGCACUACCCAUUCCCGGAGGAAGAUCAUGGCCGCAGAGGGAGACAGAAGAAUAGGCUGGAACCAAUGGACACCAUUUUUGUGAAGCAGGUCAAGGAAGGUGGUCCUGCUCAUGGGGCAGGGCUUUGCACAGGUGAUCGCAUCGUCAAGGUGAAUGGAGCAAGUAUAAUUGGCAAAGCCUAUGGUGAGGUAAUCGCCCUAAUCCAAGAGAGUGGCGAAUUCCUCGAACUCUGUGUGAUGCCAAAAGAUGAGGACAUACUACAACUUGCCUACUCCCAGGAUGCCUACCUCCGAGGCCACAGUAGCUACAGUGGAAACGCCGUCCACAUUCCCGAGCCGCCCCCAGUAUGCUAUCCAAGAGUAGACUGUAAGCCUACGGGCAUGGCCCAGGCCACUGACUCUGCAGGGCUGGUCUGCCGUGGGCCAUCUGCUGACCAUGGGUACCGAAAGGAAAUUACUGUGCCUCCUUCUCCCCCUCCUCCCUCUUAUCCCAAAAGCCAGACGGCAGUGUGCAUGCGCAACGAUGCCGUGAGGACAGUGGUAGUACCCCCUGAAGCCCAUAUGGGGCGCAUGGGACCUGCACAUCGAAUGGAUUAUGUGGACCCAGGGUUCAUCAGGGGGAGACCUGGGUCUUUAGCCCAGUAUCCUCAUCCCCGUAAGGCUGACGUCUAUCCCACUGGACCAGGGAUGGUGGCAUAUGGGGGACCAUCCUCACAUUACCAGCCAAAUCAUCAGAAUAUUGAUUGGCGCACUUACCAAACGUACAAGGAGUACAUUGAUAACAAAGGAAUCCAUUCUCAUGGUAGCAGGACUAUCCAGGAGAGGUUGGACAGUUUGCGAGCCAGCCAGAACUUCAUUGUUCCACAGCACAUUCCCCGAGGAGACUGGUGCUCCAAGGGCAUGCGGCGCAGGAGCACCUCACACGAACGCUCAUUUCCAGGACCUCCACCCCACUUCCAGGUGCCCCCCCGCAGUGCCUCCCAGGACCGCAUGAGUUCAGAGAGGGUUGCGCAAGCAAGGAACUGGCCCCCACGUAGCGCGUCCCAGGACGGCCUUCUCAACAAACCCCGCGGACCCUCCACAGACUAUGUUGACCCUUCAGAACUAGCUCGACCAUUGGAGAGGAUGGCAGGCUAUGGCCGAGACCAAGGUACCAGGGCCAGUAGGCAGUCUAUGCCCAGACAAGCCAUGCUCUACAGGCCCUCAGUAGGAUACAGCGGGGGUAUGAGAGGGGCUCCUAACCCUCCGGUGUACAACAAAGGAGCAGAUUCUCAUCAGUUUCGUUCAUCACCGAUGCUCUCAGAAAGACCUCAGCAUUUUGGGAAGAGCACGAGUGCAGAACAGUCCUUUGCCGACCAAAGAGCUGGGAUCAGAGCUUCCCUUUCAGGGCACUCCUCACAGCAUGGCCACAACAGAACCAGAGCCGAGUCCAUGCAGCCUGUAGAGGCAAGAAAAGACUCAGUGUUGGUAGCCCACAGGUCUGCAUCCUGCUCCACCCCAAAACAACUGUCCCACAGACCAAACAACCUCAAGCCCCUUCCCCCAGAACUCCAGACACAAGUGAAUGGCCGUAGCCCCACAGAGAGUGGAGUAGUCUUAAGAGAAAAGCCUCCUUCUGGAAAGAACCCCAGCCCCCUGCGGCACCCCUCCUACAUUCUGGCUGUAAACGAUGAUGUAACGGAUCCCGGCGCUGAUGUGGCAGCAUGCUGGCUUCCCAAUGACGCUCGGCGCGAAAUGCAAAUGAGGCGCCUUGGGGAACAGCACCACACCUCCUGCUCCAGCAACCUGGAUGAAUCCCUCGACUCCAUCCCAUUCAUUGAUGAACCAGUCAGCCCCAGUGUGGACCGUGAGGCUGCUCCUAUCCCCCCCUCCGCUGUGAUAUCUGUGGCACCUUCCAUAAUGACAGGCCCCUCCAGUCCAACCUCCACAUGUCCUCCAAUCCGCCGGCAACUGUCACAUGACCAAGAAUCUUUGAGAAGUGCUUUGUUGGAAUCGGACUCCAACAAAACUGAAAGGUCUAAAUCUUAUGAUGAAGGUCUGGAUAACUACCAAGAAGAGCACAGGGGGCGGUCAUCAUCUGCAUCUAAGCAUAUGCCGAGUCUCAGGGGUUUAAGGAGGGCCCUGGAUGGUCAUAAAUCCUCUGGAGACUCAGGAUCUCGGAGAGAUUCCUCAGCAGACAUCUUUGCAAAUUCUUCCAAAGAAGGUCCCCUUAACUUUAGGCAACUCAGUACAGAUAAGAAUAAGCGAGUUGGAGGAGGCAUGAGGUCCUGGAAACAGAUGUAUGCAGUGUUACACUGCCACACUCUCACCCUGUACAAGGACAAGAAGGAUGCACUUUCCCAUGCAGCGGGCCAGUGUGAAGAGGACCCUCUGCAGAUCAGUAUUAAGGCCUGUCUCAUUGACAUUUCCUACAGUGACACAAGGCGCAAAAAUGUGCUGCGACUCACCACCUCAGACUGCGAGUAUCUGUUCCAAGCUGAAGGAAGAGAGGAUAUGCUGACCUGGAUUAAAGUCAUUCAGGAAAAUAGCAACUUGGAUGAAGAGAAUGCUGAUGUAACAAGCCAAGACUUGAUCAGUCGAAAGAUUAAAGAGUACAACAUGAUGAGUACAUCCAGCAGCAGAUCAGAACCCUCCCCCAAACCCUCUCGACAGUCCCUCAGCAUUAAACAGGCCUUCCUUGGCUCUAAAACAGAGAGCAGAGGCCAUAGCCCACAUUCACCAAAAACAGGAGAAGAACGGAGAGCUCUGAAAGAUGAUUCCAGUCCUCCACGGGACAGAGCAGCCUGGAAGCUUGGAAUAGCAGGGAUCAUGAGGAAACCUUUUGAGAAGAAGACUCCUGCAGGAGGCACAUUUGGAGUGAGACUUGAUGACUGUCCAGCUGCACAGACCAACAGGUUUGUUCCUCUUAUUGUGGAGGUGUGCUGUAACGUGGUAGAGGAUAGAGGCCUGGAGUACACGGGCAUCUACCGAGUACCAGGAAACAAUGCAGCCAUUUCAAACAUGCAGGAGGAGCUUAACACCAAAGGCAUGACGGACAUCGACAUCCAAGAAGAUAAAUGGCGGGACCUUAACGUCAUCAGUAGCUUACUCAAGUCCUUUUUCCGAAAACUUCCUGAACCUUUGUUUACAAAUGAUAAAUAUGGCGAUUUCAUUGAAGCAAAUAGAACAGAAGACUCAGUAGAGCGACUGAAGGAAUUAAAAAGGCUGAUCCAUGAAUUACCUGACCAUCAUUUUGAAACUCUGAAAUUUCUUUGUGCUCAUCUCAAGAAAGUUUCUGAAAACUGUGAAAAGAACAAGAUGGAGCCUCGUAACUUGGCGAUCGUGUUUGGUCCGACGCUGGUCAGGACGUCAGAGGACAAUAUGACCAACAUGGUGAACCACAUGCCCGACCAGUGCAAGAUCGUGGAAAACCUCAUCCAGCAGUACGACUGGUUCUUUAGUGAAGACGGGGACGAGGAGCCUGUGACCACAGCUGAACAAGAAGGCACAGUGCAGUCGCAGCCGGUGCCAAAUAUUGACCACCUGCUCUCCAAUAUCGGGCGAACUGCACCUUCACCAGGGGAAGUGUCAGAUUCAGCAUGUAGUGAUUCUUCAAAAUCAAAGGGUUUAUGGGGCUCAGGGAAGGAUCAGUGCAGUAAAGAGAUGCUCCGCUCGUCUUUGUUCGCCAGCCGUAAGCGCAAGAAGCCCAAGGACAAAGCCCAGCCCAGCAGCUCUGACGAUGACCUGGACUCUGGACCCCAUGUCCUUGAGGAAGAGGGGUGCAUGCAGCAGCCCGUGUGGUCACCUGACAGUCGGACCGAGGAAGACGAGGAGGAGGAAGACCAGGGCAGGACCAGGCUGAGCUCAGAGGAUCAGCUGGAUGGCCCAGAUAAAGAGCCCAUGUCACCUGAAGGUCAGACCCCCUCUCCGCCCCACUCGCCCACCCUGAGCGAGCGCAUGGCUCACCAGUCCACCCUGUCCGACCCACCUGGUAACUAUGACGACACAGUGUCAGACCUAGGGACCAUGAACAGCACCAGCUCCCAGGCCUCUGUUCCCAGAGCCAGGCGCUGCCGGUAUCCGCCUGCAGGAUAUGAGGGCACUCUGGGCAGUAUGGGCACAGAUGUGUGCUCCAUCACCUCAGACUACUCCACCACGUCCUCCAUGACCUUCCUGACAGGUGGAGACCUCAGCGCCCUGAGCCCCGAGGUUCAGUCUGUGUCUGAGAGCCGCGGAGACGACGCAGACGACGAGCGCAGUGAGCUCAUCAGUGAGGGCCGGCCCACGGAGACGGACAGCGAGAGCGACCUAUCUGUGUUCACUGUGGGCAGGGACAGCGUGGUGCUGCGGCCGCUGCAGUCUCACAGGAUCAUCGAGGGGGACACGCUGUCUCGCAAGAAGAGCCAGAAGACCACCAGCGAGUCCUCUCUUGACGGCCGCGGUGAUAAAGACUCCAACAGGCUGUCCCGCGCCAUGGGCUCCACCAAAGGCCGCUCCAGUGGCAGCCUCAGCUCCUCGUCCCGCAGUGAGCUUGAUAAGAGCGAGCCGGCGUGGAAGCUAAAGAUCACCGACCGCCUCAAAGUGCGUCUGCGUAUGUCUGUGGACGACAUGUUUGGGGUGGGUAGCCAGCGCACUCCCGAGGGCCGCAGCAAAAAGAAGAACAUUCGGCGGCGCCACACGAUGGGGGGACAGAGGGACUUUGCCGAGCUGUCUGUGCUGGACUGGUCCCAGCCCGUCGCCAUCGGCCCUCGCUCAGAGCUGUCCGCCGUGGACCGACUCAAACCCAAGUGCAGCUCCCAGGACUUCUCCAUUGGGGACUGGAUCGCACGUGAGCGCCAUCGCUCCAGCAACCCCGAGGUGAGCCUGGAGCAGGGGCAGCAGCAGGAGGAGGGGCAACACAGCGCCUCUGCCUCUUGUGACGGGCCGUCUCGUCCCACUGAGACCGUCAACGGGGACAUCCCUCCAACUAAGAACCUCAGCCUCGCAGCGGCUGCCCACCCACAUAAACUGACCAGCUCCCAGGUGGUGCACUCGCGCUUUUACCAGUACUUGUGAGCAGCAUGGGACCUUUUAUUUUAUGGGACAAAUGUGGAACUGUUGUGUGUAUGUGUGUUGUACAUGUGAUAUCUGCCGGUGAGUGAGCAUGUUGCUGUACAAAUGUAUGAAUCAAUGCACACAGGGAGUGUCAUGUUCAUGUAUCAGGCAUGAGCCAACAAGUUGUGAAUAUUUUUUUCUUUUUUUAUUACUUUUCCAUAACUUUUGGAUAUUUGGCAGGAGUGCUUCCUUCUGCGUCAGAUUCCUGAUCAACUGAAAGGACCUAGAGCCUGUGAAGCUUGUUCGAGGAGGUGCUGUUGAGUUUGAAGGUUUAGUCAAGUGGCUUUAAAGAUGAACUGACAUAGAAGAUAGGAUACAGCUAUAGACAGAUUUUCUAGUUUUGCAGAGGAACUAUUUUUGUGUAAAGAAAGUUGUAGUGUUCAGAGUCUCGGUAACCAAAUGAAGAAUGUACAGACUGCCUACAGUAAAAGUGACUAAAAGCUUUAGACGCUUGUGCUCAUUCAAAACAAUAGAAAUGCUAUUUUCUGGUGUACUUGAACUGUGUUUUGGUACUGCCUGUGAGUGGACUAGCUCUCUGCGCUCACAAGGCUUUUCCAAAGGUACAAUUUAGACUUAGUGUAUGGGAACAUAGUGCAAAUGCAGGUUACUUCUAUAGGGAGAUGGUCCGAGAGCAGUGAACAACAUCCCUCUAAUGCAAACGUGUAGGCCGGCUGUAGACUGUAAAGAGAACAGCAAGAAGAAAUGGGUAAAUCAGAAUCAUGUUUUUUUCAGGAAGUGCCUAACAACGAAAUGUACUGGGUGCCAUACUGUCUUUGAUAAGUGAAGAUGUUUCUGUGGAUGACAUUUUUAUUAAACAUUCACAGGUGUUUUCUGUAUCAAAAUGCCGAGCUUCCAUUCCUUAGGCAUUCCAUUCUGGUCUUAACAUGUUUUAUACUUUCCCCAUUUUCAUUUUUGGUUUUAAUAGAACUUGAAUUUUAAUUAUUCCAUGUGAAAAAAGUAACUUAACUGUAUAUACUGUUUUAGCUGCUUUUGUUUUUUAUUUCCAUACGAUUGCAGGGUUAAGUACAGUAUUGUAAGACGCUCAUGAGGCCUCCUGGUGUCGUGGGUGGUUUGGUACUUUAGGAAGUCCAGGUUCCGGGAAACUGUCCUCGAGCCGGAUCAUUUUUCCUCUGAUUGUGAGAGGGACCGUAAUUCCUGAAACACUGGAAAUAAAUUGUCAAUGGCAAAUGAA